CGAUGGAGGGCGGCGGGCGGCCCUCGGCCGCGCAGGCCGUGCUGCUGGCCGCCAGCACCGCCCUCACCGCCCUGGUCUACUCCGUCUACCGGCAGAAGGCCCGCGUCGCCCGCGGCCUCGAGGGCGCCAGGAGGGUCCGGCUGGACGGAGACCUGCGGGCGGUGCUGCUGGAGGCGCCGGGACGCUGCGUCCCCUACGCGGUCAUCGAAGGCGUGGUGCGGUCCGUUAAGGAGACCCUGAGCAGCCAGUUUGUGGAGAACUGCAAGGGUGUCGUUCAGAGGCUGACGCUGCAGGAGCAUAAAAUGGUGUGGAACCGAACAACCCACCUCUGGAACGACUAUGAGAAGAUCAUCCACCAGAGAACCAACACCACCCCCUUCGACCUGGUCCCUCAGGAGGAAGGCACCGGUGUCACCAUCAGGGUGAUGAAGCCGCUGGACGCUGCCGAGCUCAGCCUGGAGACAGUGUACGAAAAAUUUCAUCCCUCCGUCCAGUCCUUCACCGACGUCAUCGGCCACUACAUCAGCGGAGAGCGCCCGAAGGGCAUUCAGGAGACGGAGCAGAUGCUGAAGGUGGGCACGGCGCUGACAGGGGUGGGAGAGCUGGUCCUGGAUAACACCACGAUCAAGCUGCAGCCCCCCAAACAAGGCAUGCCCUACUACCUGAGCAGCGUGGAUUUCCACACCUUGCUGCAGAAACAAGAAUCGAACGUCCGGUUUUGGAAAAUCCUGACCGUCGUUUUCGGCUUCGCCACCUGUGCCGUCCUCUUCUUUGUUUUACGGAAGCAAUACCGGCAUCACCGAGAGAGGCGGCACCUCAAGCAAAUGCAGGAUGAAUUCCGGCAGGCCCAGGAGCGCCUGAUGCACGAAAUGAACAUGGAGGGUGGAGAGACGCUCAAAAACGCCUGCGUCGUCUGCUUGAGCAACACCAAAUCCUGCGUCUUCCUGGAGUGUGGGCACGUUUGCUCUUGCAGUGAGUGCUACCAGGCUCUCCCCGAGCCCAAACGGUGCCCGAUCUGCAGGCAGGCUGUCUCCAGGGUGGUUCCCUUAUACAACAGUUAAAUUUCUGUGGCCGGGGGGAGCUUUUGGUGUUAAAGCUGCCCCUCACAAAGGGGUUUUCUCACCUCGCUGCUUGGGUGGUUGAUUUGGGGGAAGGGGAGGGAGCUUGAGUGA